CCCCUUCAAUAUGGCGUCCUACACAGGUUUGUUCAACAAGAUCAAGGACAAGACCUGCAGCCUUGAGGACCGUCUGAAACUGGUUCACUUUGCCUGGUGUUCCAACCUUGUCUACAUUCCCAACAAGCAUUCUGUCCUCAUAGACGUGGUAGCUGGGCUCAUCGUCAAUAGGAAGAAGUACCAGAUCACAGAUGACGAUGUUGCAUGUGUGUGGCAGUGUCUGUACAGCAUCCUCCACAGCCGUGGGUGUUCAGAGGAAGGGGGACACAACAUCCUUGUCAAACCCUCGCUGGGACAGGUAAUUGUAGAUGCUCUCCAACGCUGUGUGCUACAUCCUGGAGACAGGCAGCUGAUGAGACACGUUGUGGGCAGCUGUCAUGUCGUCAUCACCUCCAAGCACCUGUCAUACAUCCUCACAGCCAAGUAUGACACCCUGGCCAGCCUCUUGUGCAGUGUGAGCCAACUGUGUGUACUGGAGGACUGUGAUGAUGUCACCACCCUGUAUUCCAUCCUGACCCAUGUUAUACGAGCAUAUUCCACGGCUCAGGCCGCUCACCACAAUCACAGACAGGUGCUGCAGACAACAAUUGACAAAUUGUUGGUUCCUCUGAUGCUGUUUUGCCAUCAAGUAACCAGUUGCCGUGGUGAUCAUGAUGCCACCAAACCUCUAAAAGAAGACUUGUACCAGUGCCUGUUUACAGCCCUCUUCAACAGCUCUCACAGAGAAAUGUAUCACAGAUAUCUGAAUGCUGGCAAGGGAGGCGAUAAAACAGGCAAUGAAGGUUGCAAACCACUAGAAAAUCUGUUUGGCACAUUGAGAAACCUACUAAAUGGCAAGACUGGAGACAAGGUCGUGAAAGUGUCAUGUGACUGGACGGUGGUUUUGUCCGGCUUCCUGCCUAGGUUCCUGGCAGCCUUCCUUAAUGUCCAUGACAAGACCCUGUGUCAGAAGAUGCUGCAGCAUCUCUGCAGUCUGAUUGGUUUAGAUCCUGACAGUGCUGCCCCCUGUGGGAAGCUGGAGACACUGCUGGUGAUGAGGGCUGCCUCCGCCAUGUUGAAACAGGUCAAGGAUGCUGAUGUCUACAACGUUGCCAAGGACAACGAGUCUGGGGGAAGUCAGCUGAAGUUCUACAGGAAGCUGGCCGAGAUCCUCCUCGCCAUGCCAGUGGAGGAUGCAUGGUAUGAGACGGCCUUGACCUUGCUGCAGAUGAAUCAUGGGAUACUUGAGCCAAAGAUGUCUCACGUGCUCACACACGGUUGGCUGACAGUUACACAGACAUCCAGCAGCUCCCAGUUGAGUAACUUCCUGUGCGAGCUGUUCAACACGUACUUCAAACUGAGGCAGAUGCCCAAGCUCGUCACAUACAUAACAUCUGCCAUAUUUGACAGCAACAACUACCUCAGCAGCCUCGUCUGCCCAAGAGUCUUCACCGAUAGGUUCCAUGAAGUUGUGCAGGGGCUGCCACAGACCACCGCGGUCGACAUCUGGGGGAAGCUGGUCGGAGAGAUGAAGACACGCUACAUCGAGCCUCUCAUGGAGAAGUCAGAAGAUGUGGGGUUGUCCAGCAAGUUGCGGUGUGUGGCUACAGUACUGAGGCUGUACCUGGGGGGUGUCAAGAUGGCCGACUACACCAUCACGGAGGCGACUGCCCGGACUGCCCACCAGCUGAUGUCCCAGAUGGAGAGUGAAGUCCUCCAGCCUCUCUAUGGCCUGGUCACUCAACAGGGAGAAGAGCUCUUAGAUUCAGCUCUCUUCUUGAGCUACACAUGGGGAGAGCUGAAGCUGUUGCUAGCUUUGUAUGACAAGAAAUACAGAGCUGGCCUCACACUCAGCACAGACACAGUUUCCCAUCCACAUGACCUUGAACUGGUUCAUCCCUACCUUACUGCAGAGAGGUGGCAGAAGAUACAUAAGAAAGUGAAGAAGUCACAGAAUAAAGGCCUGCAGUACUUGCUGGACUUGCUAAGCAUCCAGAAGCUGAAGGCUCUCCUACUGUUUUCUACAGAACAAAACACGACUGAUGAAAACAUACAGAUGGCCAUCGACAGGAUCGUCAACCUCCCAGCAGACGUCACUGAUGAUCACCGUAGUGCAUCGUGGGACGGACAGCCGUGUAGUAUAAAGGGAGACAACUGUGUGGUGUCAAACUGGCAGAUGCUGGUGUCCAACCUUCCAGUUUUGGCUAAGAGCCUGUCAACUCAACACUGUGAGAAGAUAGCCAAGUUCAUGGUGGGCACAGCUGGAGACCAGGACAAGACAAGCUGCUUGAAUUUAGCAUCUCUUACGAAUAAUCUUCUUGUGGCACCAGUUACCAUGGAAACCAGGAACUUGCAGUCUUGUAUCAUGGCAUCACUGUGGCCACAACUUGCACCAGGUCCAGGCCCUGGGAAGAGUCCAAAGAAGAAGAGAAAAUUAUCCCCUGGAGUAACCAUGGUGAUUGAGGGCCUCUCAGAGCUUGGUGCCAUGAAUCCUGACGGUCCUCAGAAAACAGACAAUGAAUACCUGGCUGAGUUGAAAGGAGUUGCCUCCCUUGUUACAAAGACCUUGUCCACCUCAGAGGAACCUCUGGACCUCCAUCCUCGACAGCUGCAGCUCCUGAAGAUCUUGGAGAAGCUGCCUCUAGAGUUCCUGUCUCCGUCGGAGAGGGUGCGCUGUUUCUGUGGUCUGUCGCUGCUGGCAUCCUGCACUGCAAACAACUCCACCAUCAUCCACCUGCUCACCACCCUCCUCGACGGUGUGGGGCCCAUGGCGGUGUUCCAGAUAGUCAGUGCAGACGUCUUCCUGACGUGGCUGACCACACUGUGUCAUGACACCCAGUCCACAGAUUCUCCUACACAGGUGUUGGUUGACAAGACUUGUCAGGUGAUAGUCAGGGAUUUCCUCGUCAUCACCAAGAUGGAGUCGUACAUCACGAAGCUGUGUGCUGACCUGGAGCUCUGCUGUGGCCACCUCCAUCACAAGAAGAUCCAAAAGGCCUCCAACCUUGAGAAGUCCAAGUUCACGCUUGCCUCAGCAUUUCUCAAACAUGUCACUGUGCAAUUACAGAAACAAACACUGCCAUCAGCAAUCCGCGUCUGCUACAGGGGGAUCUUCAUCAAGUUGUCGUCUGCCAUCAACACCAUUAUCAGCACCCUCAGGGCUGUGCCAAACAAGAAGACAGUUGUCUCCCCUUCCUCCUAUUUGAUCAGCUGCUUCAGAUUUGUUGUCAACCAAUCAUGUAUGGACUUUGGAAAGGAAGUGAAAAGGAAAGAGAAAGAAGCUGUUGCUAUGGAGAUCGAUGAAGAUGCAAAGCCAGAUGUCGAAACAGGGAGUCUGGAUGAGAGUCUCACUCAAAACAUUGAGUUCGUCAUAAAGAGAAUGACAGAUGACAUUGGACAAGAGAAUGGCUGUGACAUUUCUUCGCUUGAGUUUAUCCAGAUGGCAUGCAACCAUCACCAACUCCUCAAGUCAGUCUUGACGUCUGCUGCUGUACACAAACUGUAUGAGGUGCUGAUGUCGGCUGUCACCAGGUCACAUGACCAACAUAAACUGAUGAUGUCAUCAAAACCUGUGAAAGGAGUUACACCUGACAAAACAGGGUCUGAUGACAGUGGCCAGAAAGCUGACUCAUUGUACAGAAGUGUGAAGAAUCUACUUGAUGGGCAUGUACCAACACAGAAAACAUCGCUUCACAGUCCUGUCCUGGAAGAGCAAGAUGGCUCCAGUCAACCACACAGUUUAAUGUCAGCACUCCAGGGUACUCUGGCUGCAGUUAUUACUUCCUGUGACCUUGACCUCUUCAAGACCAUUUUGGCAAACCUGGUGGACUCUACGUGUCCAAGCCUGUUAUGGACCCAGGAAGACAAAAUGCUGGCAGCCAUGACAGUUUGGGAGAAGCUCCUUGCAGGGCUUUUAACUGAAGAGCAGAGUGUGGAGGUUACAGUGGCUGCUCAACAUAUAUUGAUGAACUACCAGAGCAGUCUGGAACAGCUCCACUGUCUGCCAGUCGACGCCGCCAUCCGCCAGGCUCUGCCGAUAGUCCGCUCACAGACAGCCAUGUUGAAUUAUGGAUAUACAUUGAUACCUCGACAGACCUCCGUUCUCUGCCUUCAUGGAUGUCCAGUCAUACCACUAGAGGGCAGCACCUACAGCUCCUAUAUCCCAGCAUGCAUUGCUGUACAGGAAGUGUUGGGUGCUCUCAUCAUACACCACCCUAAUGCUGUCCUGUCUGUCAUUCCCAGCUACGUCGCCAACAUCAGACAUCUCCUGGUGUCUGUCAUCCAACAUGGCUGCCAGGACAAGCUGGCUUCAGAUCCACAGUACGUGGAUGGCAUGGUCCACUGUGCCAACCAACUUACCAGACUACUAAGCCUGCUGCAGCCAGUCAAGGUGGAGUUCAGCAAGGUGGCUGUGUACCUGCUUGCUGACUAUACCUGUGAGGUUCAGAACGUCACUCUGCUCCCAGCAGUCAAGAAAGCCCUGCUACCUGGCAUCUACAUCUUGCUGGACAUUGCUGACCGCUUCCAGAUUGCACAGCUGCUGGCUGUCCUGCCCCACGGGACGAAGGACGUGUUUAAGCUGAUGUACACUGAAUACACCAAGUACCACAAGUACACAGGAAGAGUGUAAUGUCCUCCACCAAAUACAAAGAGUGUAUUAAAGCUCAUGAAAACCAGAUACCCCAAGUUCAAGAGAAGGGUAUGAACAAUGACCCGUGGAUGUUUAAAACACAAAUCAUAAAGGCAGCAGGAGGGACUGGGAUAGCCAUGAGCUCAGUCUCUUGUCUGACGUUAUUGUGGUCCUGUGAUGAAAUAUGUGACGAAAUGUGCUGCAGUAGGUCCUUACAUACACCUGACUGACUGACUCACUCACUCACUUGGGCCGGUGGGGUAGCCUUGUGGUUACAGCGUUCGCUUGACACGCCGAAGACCUGUGUUUGAUUCCCCACAUGGGUACAAUGUGUGAAGCCCAUUUCUGGUGUCCCCUGUUGAUAUUGCGGAAAUAUUGCUCAAAGUGGCGUAAAAAUAAACUCACUCGCUCACUGUUGAUCUGUUGUGUCUCGAUGAGUUGUUAAGUGCAGACUGUGUACUCGCAUCCGGUGAUACUGCAGGUAUAAUGAUGGUCGGUCACAUCAGUUGGCUGGGAUCCAGUCUACAUUUUGACUUUUGUUUGUACAGUGUUUAUGUACAUGGAGAAAUAUUUCUUAUGGCAUAAAAUUUGGAUGUUUUUUAAA